AUGGGUUUUACCCCGACUGAGCUAUUUAUCUGUUCUUUGUGUCAUGGCACUGCUGCCCGCACUUGGCUACUGUACUUUGUAUCUUCCAGGGCAACCUUCUACAACACCAGCGAUGGCCUAGGGACUCCAACCGGAGCUUGUGGGUAUCUUGAAUAUGGAAGAACCAUCAAUUAUGCUAAAGUCACUGGAGUUUCUAGUGCACUGUACAGGGGUGGACUUGGCUGCGGAGCUUGUUAUCAGGUUAGGUGCAAGUUGCCGAGUCUUUGCACUACAAGUGGCGUGACCGUAGUAGUGACAGAUUAUGGGGAAGGGGACAGAACUGAUUUCAUAUUAAGCAACCGUGGCUACACUGGAAUGGCUCGUGCCGGUGCAGUUAAUAAGUUGGUUUCUUACGGUGUAGUACCCGUAGAAUACCAAAGAGUUUCUUGCCAGUACCCAGGUAACAAUAUCAAGGUUAAGGUUCUCGAAUCCAGCAGGUUCCCCGACUAUCUAGCCCUAACCUUCUUGUACGUUGGUGGCAAAAAUGAUAUUACUGAUGUCCAAGUCUGGCAGCCCCAUUCGCAUCAGUGGACUGGGAUGAGACGGUCCUAUGGUGCAGUAUGGGACUUACCUAACCCACCAACAGGUCCUAUUACAAUCCGGAUCUAUGUAACGGGCAGUGCAGGAAAUGAGUGGGUGAAGCUGAACGGUGUGAUUCCUCGCAGAUGGAGGGUUGGUGCUGCUUACGACACUGGCCUUCAGCUUUCUUGA